UCGAAGUGGAAAAUGGCGUCGAACCUCAGCAAGGUUGCUGGAAUGGGUUCGUGUAUUAACGGUCACGUUGUUCAAAACGAUAGCGCGAUGUCGGAAGCACAACAGGGACAAGAGAGAGUAGCCAUUUUAGAUGCUGGGGCGCAAUAUGGAAAGAUCAUAGAUCGCAGAGUUCGUGAACUAUGUGUGGAGACAGAAAUGCUUCCCCUUGAUACUUCUAUAUACACCAUAAGAGAGAAAGGUUUUAGGGCUAUCAUCAUCUCUGGAGGUCCAAAUAGUGUUUAUGCUGAGGACGCUCCUAAAUAUGAUCCAGCUAUAUUUACCAUCGGAAUCCCUGUCUUAGGGAUUUGUUAUGGAAUGCAGAUGUUGAACAAAGAGUUUGGUGGGACUGUGAUGAAGAAAGAUAUCAGAGAAGAUGGACAGUUUAAGAUUAAUGUGGAAACAUCCUCGGCACUUUUCAGAGGAUUACAGCCAGAGCAGGAGGUUCUGUUGACACAUGGAGAUUCUAUUGACCGCAUGGCAAGUAGCUUGAAAGUAAUUGCCAAGUCUGGUGAUAUUGUUGCAGGCAUUGAGGAUGAGUCACGAAAAUUAUAUGGUGUCCAAUUUCAUCCAGAAGUUGAUCUCACAGAAAAUGGUGUUCUCAUGUUGAGAAAUUUUCUCUAUGGGGUUGCCGGAUGUUGUGGAACAUACACUGUGCUCAGUCGAGUAGACACUUGUAUUCAGCAAAUAAAAAAAAGUGUUGGUAACAUGAAUGUUUUGGCGUUAGUGAGUGGAGGGGUAGAUUCAACCGUUUGUGCAGCUCUGCUUCAUAAGGCCCUUCGUCCUGAGCAAGUUGUGGCAGUACAUAUUGACAAUGGAUUUAUGAGGAAGAAUGAGAGUCAAGAAGUGGAGGAAUCUUUGAAACGAUUAGGGCUUAGAUUAAAAGUUGUAAAUGCUGCGUUGCGAUUUUAUAACAGCACAACCGUAAUAUCCGGUAAAAAAGACCAGUCCCCUGUUAAGAAACAGGUCACAAAAACCUUGAAUGUGACAACCGACCCUGAGGAAAAAAGAAGAAUUAUAGGAGAUACGUUCAUCAAGGUUGCCAAUGAAGUGUGCAAGGAGUUUAACCUUGAUGAGACCAAUACAUACUUGGCACAAGGUACCCUUCGACCCGAUCUUAUUGAAAGUGCUUCAUCCCUGGCUAGUAACAAGGCAGAAGCCAUCAAAACUCACCAUAAUGAUACAGACUUUGUGAGAAGUUUACGAGCACAGGGAAGAGUCAUUGAGCCCUUGGUAGAUUUUCACAAAGAUGAAGUCAGAGCGCUAGGAAGGGAGUUGGGUGUACCAUCAGACAUUGUUCAAAGACAUCCCUUCCCUGGUCCUGGUCUAGCUAUUCGUAUCAUAUGCGGUGAUGAGCCUUAUCAAGGGAGCGACUUUGCAGAAACGAAUAUCAUCCUGGGACAGAUUGUAGAUUUUGUUACUGCUAUUAAGAAAAGUUUGUUACACGUUUGGAAAGAGAAUAAAGUUUCAGAUUCAGGAUAUCACCGCCACAUUUUUGUCACCCGGUGUGAUUAGUACUUUGAGACAAGCAGAUCACGUGGCCUAUUCUGUUAUUCACAAACAUGAUAUGGUGGACAAAAUCAGCCAAAUGCCAAUUGUUUUGAUACCAGUCCAUUUCGACCGUGAUCCUAUCGACCACAUUCCAUCCUGUCAGCGUUCUCUUGUGAUCAGAACGUUUAUCACGAGUGACUUUAUGACAGGAGUGCCUGCUACACCUGGAAAGCAAAUUCCUAUCGAGGUUUUGAAUGAAAUGGUUACAUCUUUACAAGAAGUACAAGGAAUUUCACGAGUUCUUUAUGAUUUGACAUCUAAGCCUCCAGGAACAACAGAGUGGGAAUAGGAAAAAAAAAAAAGGUUAACUCUACUCGGGAGAGUGAGAUUUGAAAUCUUUUCAUUUCAUUUCGAAAUUGAAACCCUUAAAAUUGUCGCUAGUUAACAAUUGGUAAACACCACAGCGUACACUAUUGAGUUAUGGAUGCACGCGGGAGGUUGCUAAGCACGAAAGA